AUGGUACCCACCACAGCCACCGCCACCAUGUGUCCCUCUCCUCCUCUCCCAACAAUGUCUCCGUUACUCAGAACAAGUCACCAAUGUCAACCAUCUUCCAUAAAGCUUGGCACCACUCUGUUUCCCGGUGAGGUCACGGUGGAUAGAGCGGCUGAGAGCUCCGUGAUGAUCAAGCCAGAGAAAUGGGGAUCUCAGUUAGAGAAGAGGAGGAAGAAGAGGAGGAGAAGACGAGCAGGUUUGGAUCCUGAAGAAGAGGAGAAUGUUGUCACAGAAGUUGAAACAGAACCAAAAGCAGUUAAUGUUCCCUCACGGUCUGGUUUCUUGAGUCGUUUAGAAGAGGUUCAGCUUUGCUUGUAUCUCAAGGAAGGAGCAAAACUUGAGAAUCUAGGAACAAGUGUUGAAGAGAAUGAGAUGGUAUCAAUGUUGAAGAAGAGGCGUAGUAGUGCUAACGAAAUAUUAUGUAGAAGAAGAGAAGCGAGAGAAAAGAUUACUCGUUGUUACAGGAGACUAGUUGUGUCUAUUGCAACAGGGUACCAAGGGAAAGGAUUGAAUCUACAAGACCUGAUUCAAGAAGGAAGCAUAGGGCUUCUUAAAGGAGCUGAGAGGUUUGACCCUGAACGUGGCUACAAACUAUCAACUUAUGUCUACUGGUGGAUCAAACAAGCCAUCCUAAAGGCUAUAGCUCACAAGUCUAGAUUAGUCAAAUUGCCGGGAAGCAUGUGGGAGUUGACUGCCAAAGUUGCAGAAGCUAGUAGUGUCUUGAACAGAAAGCUAAAACGGAUACCAAGUAGUGAAGAGAUUGCAGAUCAUCUCAAUAUCCAUGUAUCAGCGGUUAGACUUGCUGUGGAUAGGAGCAGAUCCCCUGUUUCGUUGGACAGAGUGGUGUCUCAUAACGGCCGCAUGACAUUGCAGGAGAUUGUAUGUGGACCAGAUGAAACAAGGCCAGAGGAGAUGGUGAGAAAGGAGCACAUGAAGCAUGAGAUUAAGCAGCUUUUGGGAACUCUUACCGCUAGAGAGUCUCGAGUAUUGGGACUCUACUUUGGACUAAACGGAGAGACUCCUAUGUCAUUUGAAGAGAUAGGUAAGACGUUGAAGCUUUCAAGAGAGAGGGUGAGGCAAAUCAAUGGCAUUGCCUUAACCAAGCUAAGAAGUGUACAUAAUGUGAAUGAUCUCAAUAUAUACUAUUCCUCUAGUGAAUGA